AUGUGCGUUGUCCAUAUUUUGAACUGUUUGCUGACUGAAGGAAAACAUUUGAGGAAUGGAACCUUGAGCCUGAAGACAGGCCUGAAUGGAAACUUCUUGCUUAAGUUCCAUACAGGGAACCUGCAGUGCCUUCUGGCUAAGUUGAAUGCUAUUAGUGAUCUGAAUCCUAUUGACUGUGUCAUCUGGGAGAUGAGCAUUUUCUCUCUGAAACUGGCACUAAAGGCUUUUAUGUUACUUCACUUUGGUUGUACCUCUUCUCCAAGGUGUGCUCUACACGGGACUGUUACCUCCAAAUGUUCUCAGUUAUGCGUGUCUUGGGUAUGA